AUGCAUACAUUUUUGUGUUCUGAAAUAAAUUUAAUUUGUGUGAAACAACAGAAUGUAAAUUGUGAUAAGCUGCUGUUGGGAAGAAAAAUGAGAGCUGGCGUUCAAAUACAAAUGAGAACAUUUUCCUCUGGUGCUUUUCAAAAUAAAAUAUAUAACCCUUUGCUCUUGUUUUGUAUUAUACCAAGCAGUUUUGUUUUGAAAAAAACAUGUCCGGAUGGAGUGGUUGUUCUCUGUCUGCCUGCCCUGGUCCUGGUUUCGAUCAUUACUGAUUUGCGACCGACGGGGUGGAACAAAAACAUGUCUGACGUUCUGGUCGAUUCCCCGACGCGCGUUACCAAGGCUUGGGUCGCUCUCAGAAGACUCGACAAAAACGAUGACAGAGUUGUGGCGCUGCGCGAGGUGUCAAUUCCUCAGGCGGUCGACACGUCCUCCAUCAUACAGAUCAUCGCCUCCUCCUUCAACCUGAACUCUUCAGAUGUUGUAUUCAAGAUAAGAAACCAGCGUGGAUGUCUGAUCCCUCUGAACAGUUCCAUCCCAGCAAACAGCAAGCACACAUGUGCACCUUAUGUUCUUCGUUGGCCCCCGGAGGACACAACGUCGGCAAUUUCCCCAAACAAUUUGAAAUAUGUACUCGUCAGACCACAGAAGACCUUUCCACUCUGCAUCAGUCCAUCUUUGAUGAGCUCGGGGCCCAGUGAAGCCUGUGGCGUUUGGGUGUAAUAUGUUGCCCACCCCUGCUAUAUAUGAUCAAGAC